UUUCACUUAGUUAUGGGCCUUGGACUUAGAAAAAUAGCAUGAAUUAGCAGUUUUCCAGACUUUUUUUGGUUGUGCUUGCCAAUAUUCAUUUGAUAUUUGGUACAUUGCUUUGUCAUAACAAGGUACAGAUCAAGUUUGAAUGUGGUCCCGGUCCAUUGAUUUUUCACUUAGUUAUGGCCCUUGGACUAAGAAAAAUAGCAUGAAUUAUCGGUUUUCCAGGCUUUUUUUUUUUUGUGCUUGCAGAUAUUCAUUUGAUAUUUGGUACAUUGCUUUGCCAUAACAAGUUAUAGAUCAAGUUCGAAUUUUGUCUCGGUCCCUUGAUUUUCCAUUAAGUUAUGGUCCUUUGACUUAGAAAAAUAGCAUGAAUUGUUAGUUUACAUCCAAUUUUCUUAUCUCUGUAGAUAAGAAUACUACACUCAUUAAAAUUUCUAGCAUAGUAAUACAACAAUAUAGCUGAAUUAUCCAUGAUCACCUACAUGUCACAGUUUAUUGACUUGGUUAAAGACCUAAACCUAAUUAUAAAUUUGUCUUUUUUACUGGUCUAGUCUCUACUUGAUUUCCAACCAUUCCUGUCCUGGUUUCCCAAUUUUCCCUUUUACCAUAACCUACAAAAUGAACUUUGAAUAUUGUUGUGGUACAGUAAUUUUUGCAACCGGUAGGGGACUAUGUAUUGCCAUGCAAUACUCUCAGAAUGCUUGUUUGUCAAUAGCAACUAAAAAGCUUGAAAAAAUCGAUGCAAUUAGUAUAGAGUUGUCCACCACCUGGUGAGUACUAUAAGGUAACUAGAACCUCAAAAUUUAUAGCGAGGUAUGAUUACGUCUCUAAAGGAAAUAUAUGAAUCAGGUUAGCGUUGCAGCCCAUGGAUAUAUUGUACAAUAGAAGGGUUAAAUAAUAGGGCUAACAGAUAAGGGUACUGUGUAAACAAACCACCUAGAGAGAAGACGAAGCUGAAUACUGUCAUUUUGCUUACAGGAUAUCAAAUUAUGGAGGAAACGAAAUCUGGUCACCGUUCUAAUAUUUCAUUCGACGGGAUGAUUCUUCCGGGUAUGCCAUCAUUGCGAAAGGAUGUGGAAGGCAGGUUUAAUGUCAUCAAGAAUUUGGAAAGUCGGUCUGGUGACGUUAUAAUAGCGGCGUAUCCAAGAUCAGGUACACACUGGGUAUGGGAAAUUACGUCCAUGUUACUAAAGCAGAAAGAUGAAUAUAUUGAACAAACGAAAGAAACAGCAUUUCUAGAAUUUGUAGAGGAUUUUACUGAACUGGAAAAGAUCACAUCUCCGCGUGUUUUAAACACACACUUACCUUACCGAUGGUUUCCGAAAGCUCACACAGAAGGCAAGAGAAAAAUAAUACACGUGACCAGAAAUCCGAAGGACGUUUUCGUUUCCCACUUUCAUUUCAGUAAGAGUUUUGGAAAGGACAUGGAUUGGAAUACAUAUUAUAAAACAACGAUAAUUGGACCAGAUGCUAUAUAUGGUGGAUGGUUUGAAUACGAGAGGAGUUUCGACAUAGAUAAGGAAAAUAUACAUCACAUGUACUUUGAAGAAUUAAAAUUGCAACCAUUGGAAGAAAUCCGUAGAUUGGCGAAAUUUCUUGACGUGGAUUGUGCAGACGACAUGAUGGAAAAGAUUGCUCGCAAAUGUGGGUUUGACAACCUAAAGAAUGCCCAUUUUACAGUAAAGAAGACUGAAUCUAAAGCCAAUCAUUAUAGAAAAGGCGAGGUUGGAGAUUGGAAAAAUCAUUUCACCGUUGCACAGAAUGAAGAGUUUGACAAGUUAUUUCAGAAGGAACUAACUGGUUGUAAUCUGUUGAGAUUUAUGUAGUAAAAUCAGCCAAUGCAAUAUUGUAUACCUUUUAUGCUUUUAUUCAUGAUUGAAGCAUUUUCAUGUAUCUGUUAAGGUAUAAAGUGAAUUAUCGCUAGAUUAGUAAUUUUGUGAAUCGAUCUCAAUGUUACGAAGAUGUCUUUAACUUAAUAAACUUGCAGAAAUUUAA